AAACGCAUUACAAUGAUUUGUACUCACGCGGCAAAAUCGUGCAUGUUCCGGCAACGCACCCGCAUCUUUUUCCGCAACGCUCGUGUGAAACCAGCGUUAUACUCUGGACCUCAGCUUCUCUCUACUGCCCGGCUGCAUCCUCGCCCCAUCAGGGCCCUGAGGUGGUGCAUCUUCACUGCUGGUGCCACUCACCUCCCCUUUGGGAACUUGCAUCUUCCAGCGCACGCUCUGUAUGCGUAGGAUUUCGGGGCAGAGCGUAACCACCGAACAAGACGGAGGUCUGAGAGAGAGCUUCAUAGCUGCCACACGCCAGAGACAGCUUCACAUCGGUUAAAAUAGGCAAAAACAGACCCAGGGAGACUCUGGGUACCCCAAAACAAAAGGAGAUCCAAGCAGAAAUGGAUAGAUUUCUCAAGAAACUUACAGCGUCACCAGCGCACCCAGACAAGAUGGCGCAUCAGGCCUAUGGGUGGGACUCUGAAGGAGAGGAAGAAGACAGACUCCACGCCAGUGAACUCGCACAAGCUGCAGAUAGCGGUGCGCUCACAAAAUCUUUCUUUAAAGCCACCUUGUCUUAAGCCUUAGCCCCGCCGAUGCAACAGAUACAAGCCUUAGCCCCGCCGAUGCAACAGACACAAGCCUUAGCCCCGCCGAUGCAACAGACACAAGCCUUAGCCCCGCCGAUGCAACAGACACAAGCCUUAGCCCCGCCAAUGCAACAGACACAAGCCUUAGCCCCGCCGAUGCAACAGACACAAGCCUUAGCCCCGCCGAUGCAACAGACACAAGCCUUAGCCCCGCCGAUGCAACAGACACAAGCCUUAGCCCCGCCGAUGCAACAGAUACAAGCCUUAGCCCCGCCGAUGCAACAGACACAAGCCUUAGCCCCGCCGAUGCAACAGACACAAGCCUUAGCCCCGCCGAUGCAACAGACACAAGCCUUAGCCCCGCCGAUGCAAGACACAAGCCUUAGCCCCGCCGAUGCAACAGAUACAAGCCUUAGCCCCGCCGAUGCAACAGACACAAGCCUUAGCCCCGCCGAUGCAACAGACACAAGCCUUAGCCCCGCCGAUGCAACAGACACAAGCCUUAGCCCCGCCGAUGCAACAGACACAAGCCUUAGCCCCGCCGAUGCAACAGACACAAGCCUUAGCCCCGCCGAUGCAACAGAUACAAGGAUACAAGCCUUAGCCCCGCCGAUGCAACAGACACAAGCCUUAGCCCCGCCGAUGCAACAGACACAAGCCUUAGCCCCGCCGAUGCAACAGACACAAGCCUUAGCCCCGCCGAUGCAACAGACACAAGCCUUAGCCCCGCCGAUGCAACAGAUACAAGGAUACAAGCCUUAGCCCCACCGAUGCAACAGACACAAGCCUUAGCCCCGCCGAUGCAACAGACACAAGCCUUAGCCCCGCCGAUGCAAGAGACACCAGCCUUAGCCCCGCCGAUACAAGAGACACCAGCCUUAGCCCCGCCGAUACAAGAGAUACAAGAGCUGGAGAAUCAACGGUUUCGCUUUUUCAAGAUGUGGCCCCUUCAACUCUGUUUAAGCACCGUGCCUUGAAACCACUAACGGACCAGCUGAGACGCCAGAAACUGUUAUACAGGUGGCUCUAUCCUUUUGGCCUCACUUUUACACAAAAAAUGUCCGCCGCUGCAUUAUCGAGUCUGGACAGAUACUACUAUGCCCAAUCUACCAAAGCUGCCUACUAACGUAAUACCCAAGCAGAGCGCCUCUAACAGCAAAGACAUAUAGUUCUUGCAGACUAUCUGAUCGUCUUUGAACACUUGCAAGCCCCAAGAUUCAAGUAACUUCAAGCAAACUAGGCAAUCUAGAAGUAAUACCAUCACCGCUCUACUAUAUAGGUUCAGAGACGAUCCAUCUCAAGUCUUCUUCUAUUUCUCCACUUCAUCACCUAUAAAGAUUUAUGGACUAGACAAGAAGUAAUGAGGAUCCACAUAGAAGUGCAGAUAUACACUGCAUUAGGAGAUGAGGAUGUAUUACCGAUUAUCACCACUAGAGGACUCAGAGACAUGAGUAAGAGAUAUUUAACCAUCUAAACCUCUGGCAUCCUCUUCUUCUUACUGUUUAAUAUCUUCCUUCUCUUACAUACUGUCUAAUAUGCAAUAACUUUGUUUUAUUCUGGGGAGGAGGUAUACUAGUUAUAAGAAGCACGGGUGUAAGGGUACGGGUUGGGAUGCUUAGCCAACAAUGCCUGCCCCCGCACACCCCUAAACAGUGGCUCAGCUAUGAGACCACUUAGGUUUUAUUGCCUCUUGUGCCAAUGACCCUGUGUUCAGUCAGGGGACCUGGCAUAUCCAGCAAUAAACAAGUACGAAAAACCAUACAAUGUUCUUUAGUUUGUGUUUUAAUUUAUGUUUUGUUUUUGACACGGGCCUGGACAACUUAUUGGAGGCUUGAGUGGCACGUGAAAACUGGCACCAUAUGGCAGCGGUGAAAGUAUUCACCUUCAAUGGUAGAGGCCACAACACACCUCAAAAACUGUUGAAAAUCCUUACAUUAUUGAAGAGAGGUAGGUGUGAUAUUUGUUCUCUACAAGAAACUCACCUCGAAGUAGGUAGGGUGCCUCAUUUUUAUCGUACACACUUCUCACAAUGGUUCCAUUGCACCUAUCAAACAGCGUCCGUAUGGCAAUAAGUAAGGACUUGCCCUUCGUCAACAUUUUAACACAACAGGACCCAGAAGGCAGGUUCCCAUUUGUCAAGGGUAAAAUUGGGCAAGCCUUAGUGUCCCUUGCUCCCAAUACCCACCAACAUAAACGGAUUAAAUCUACCCUAGCUAGGUUCCAAGACUUUGCUGAAGGGGUCAAGAUAAUAGGAGGAGACCUUAAUGUCUUUAUACCAUAUACUUGAUUCCUCUUCGGGCACUUCAGCUCAGUCCCAAAAAACACUAGGAGGCAUAAAAAAGGCAAUCACUUCAUUGACUCAUGAAGAACACUAAAUACCUCUGACUGGGAAAAUACGUACUUCUCCGCGGUCCACCACUCAUAUCAAAGAUUAUAUUCUCUUGUCAGAGACACAUAUUGAUACGCUACGUAAUUCCACUAUUGGCCCCAUCACUGUAUCAGAUCAUGCUCCGGUAAUAACCACACUCUCCUUUGACACACUACACACCCGCGAGUGGAUGUGGCGUUUAAAUGAGACCCUAACGGAUUCCAAGAACCAUUUAUCAGAUAUUUCACGAAAACUCUCUCAAAAUUUCCAGGAUAAUAAACCAUCAGAUACCUCCCAGACCAUAGUUUGGGAAGACCACAAGGCCUUCAUCAGAGGUGAACUCAUAGCGUUAGGUUCUAAACUCAAAAAAAGAUAGACAGAAAAAGCUUAGUUCUUUAUUGGGUCAGAUUGACACUAUUGAAGCCACUCAUAAAAGAUCUAAGACUCUACCUUUAGUACAGGACGAACUUCUCAUAUUGAGAAGACAGCUCAAAGACCUCCUCAAUAUAAAGUGCGCCAAAGCAUACCAAUAUGCCAAAUUUAAACAGUAUAUGCAUGGAGAUAAGGGAAACAAGAUAAUGUGAUAUCUCAUCAAGAAGAGGAUUGAAACACAACAUAUCUCUGAGAUUAAAACACCUAGAGGGUCAACUGGUUCCUCACCGAAAGACAUAGCGGAAGAGUUUUGCUCUUAUUACACAAACUUAUACAAUUUAGAUAACACUCAUUCUAUUGCAUCUGGAAACCAAACGGAAAUAGACCGGGAACAUCGCACAGAUGCAUUCUUGAACAAUCUUAAUCUUCCGAGACUGAUGAAAGGAGAGGUUUCACCUCUCUUAGCACCUAUCACAGAGGAAGAGGUCACAAAGAUCAUUAAGACCAUACCUAUAGGUAAAUCCCCAGGGCCAGAUGGCCUUCCAGCAGGCUAUCAUAAAAAGUUACUUCCUGUAUUAGCGCCCCAUGGUGUCAGGCUUUGGCUUGGGGAGAACCCCUGCCAAGACAGGCGUUAGAAGCUACCAUUACCAUCAUCCCUAAAGAAGGUAAGGAUAGUACAGAAUGUUAUAGACCCAUCUCACUACUCAAUCUAUAUGUUGAAAUAUGGGCUAAAUUGUUAGCAUAUAGACUCAAUACUCUUAUCCCUAGACUUAUACCUCAAGAGUAGAUGGGAUUUGUGUUGGGCAGAGAGGGAAACCUUCAGUUUUGCAGACUUAUUAUCGCAUGGGCAAAGAAAAAAGCGCUACCCCUGGUGCUCCUAGGUACCGACGCUGAAAAAACCUUCUAUAGAGUAGAUUGGCUAUAUAUGCAACGCACAUUACACAGAUUCGGUCUCCCUGACAUGUUUAUUCGAGCAAUUAUGUCUUUAUACCACUGACCGAGUGCAAGAGUCAGAGUGAAUGGUAGCUUAUCGAAAGCCUUCCACAUCACUAACAGAACGUGCCCCCUUUCCCCAUCAUUCAGAUUGGUUAUGGAGACCUUACUACAGGAUUUUCGAGACAAACCUCUUAUAAAAGGAUUGGCGGUAGAUAAAAUAGAGAGCACAAAUGUGCAGCGUUUGCAGACGAUCUCCUACUGCUCAUCACGAACCCCAAACAAGCAUUCCCACAAAUUCUGUAAAUCUUUAGACCAUUCGGAUCAUGGUCUAAGUCGGAGGCUAUGGGAACAAUUCAUUUGCUUAACAUCCUUCCUCCUUAAAUGGAACCUAAACUCAUCGCCAUACUUAGGAAUUGUACUUACUAACGAUCCUAUAAGAUUAUAUAGAUCCAAUUAUCUACCACUCUUGAAAAAGAUUAAGACUCCAUUGCAAUCUUUAUCUCUGCCAUGAGUGUCCUGGUUAGGAUGGAAAAACUUGCUUCAAACUUUCAUUGUCCCAAAACUAAUAUUUGUUGCAUAUGGUUCCCAUACAUCUCCCACAGGUAUUCUUCAAACAGGUCAGAACCAUCUCUACAACCUUUCUCUGGAAUGGUAAAAAACCGAGAUUGGCAUAUAACAAACUGAUGAAGAGCCGUGCGGAAGGUGGUUUUGGACUGCCCGAUUUACAGACAUAUUAUAAGGCUAUACAACUAAAAAGACGGACAGAUGUUCUCUCGGUGACUCCAUGGCUAGCGCCGAUUGUAUGGAAUAGACUCUACAAUAUAGAUAUACUCAACGCACAAUUCCACAAGAGAAGAGUUCGCAUUGGACUGACUGUGUUUGCUAUUAGAAAAUACACCAAGUAUAUUGAACAUUUUCUGGACACAGCUGAGAAGUUUUUCAUGACUGGACACCGGGUCACUUAUUAUGUAAUGACCGACCAGCCCGCUGCCAUCCCUAACAUUACACUGGGUGAAAAGAGAAAUCUGGUUGUCCUGGAGGUCCCAGCCUACAAAAGAUGGCAGGACAUCACCAUGAGAAGGAUGCAGAUCAUUCGAGACUACAUCCAUGAUCGGUUCGUCAAUGAGGUGGACUAUCUGGUGUGUCUAGAUGUGGACAUGGAGUUCAGACAGGAGGUUGGGGUUGAGAUCCUCAGUGAUGUUUAUGGUGUCAUGCAUUCAUGUUAUUUCACAGCGUCUCGCAAGGAGUUCACCAAUGAAAGGCGACCUCAGUCUGCAGGUUACAUCCCUGAAGACGAGGGCGAUUUCUAUUACACAGGGUCCCAUUUUGGAGGCACUGUGGAAGAGAUCUACAAGUUGACGAACCAUUGCCACCACGCCAUGCUGUCCGAUAAAGCUAUAAACAUAGAAGCUCUUUGGCAUGACGAGAGUUAUCUCAACAGAUAUUUCCUGUAUUACAAACCCACCAAGGUCCUGUCGCCAGAGUAUUCCUGGACCUACGUCUGUGGAGACCCGGCCGUGGUGGAGAAGAAGAGAUUUAUCGUUUUACCUAAAGAAUAUGACAAAGUACGUGACAACCCGUGACACUCCACACAGCGGAUUGGCGAUUGAGAGGUUUUAUGUAAUAUCUCUAAGGGCUGUUUCACACGAAAGGAUGCAGUGCGUGACAUCCGC